AUGCACAUGAAGCCAGGAGUUGGAAAUGUUGGUAUUCAAUGCAUAGAAAGGGAGCGACAGGCACUCCUCAGGUUGAAAGAUGAACUGGUUGACGAAUAUGGUGUUCUCUCUUCUUGGGGGAGAGAAGACGACGGAAGAGAUUGCUGUAAAUUGAGAGGCAUCGCUUGCAGCAACCGAACAGGUCAUGUUGUUGUACAACUUGACCUUUGCACUGCAGAGUAUUACUCUGUUUACAAUGACUCUAUUUGCAAGCCGCUGAGAGGAGCUGCUGCUGCGACUCCUGCUUCUACUUCUGAAACAUUAGUUUCUUUAGUCUCAUGGAAAAGUUUUGUAACAUCAGUGUGCAUUUGGCUAGUUCCUUUAGUUUAUCAACUUGUUGCUCCUCAUAUUCAUAUUCAAUGA